AUGUCGGUCGAAGUUAGCCUGAACACUCCUCUGGCGGAUGCGCUCUAUGCCGCCAUCAAACCUAAGCUCAUCGAGGUGGGAUGGCAUACUGGCUCCGAUGACUCUGCAAACCUUUCCGAGUACAUUGUUCUCAUGCUCGUCAACGGCAAAACCCAGGGUCAGAUUGCUGCAGACCUUUCAACCGACCUAUUGCAACUCCCUGCCGAUGAUACUACCGUGCACGACUUUUCAAGAUGGCUCUUUGAACAGGUUGGCCUGCUGAAUGCGCAGUUGAACGCCGGCCCGAGUUCUCAUGGAGAUACCCGAGAAGCCGCAUCGCAUGGCAUGGGUCAAGAAGGGGCAGACAUGGACACGGAUAUGAAUGUCCAUGAUAUUUCAGAACUGAAUGCCCCUACUGGCCCCCGCUCGAUGCGCAAUGGAAAUUUCCGAGGUGGUAGAGACAGGCGAAUGCUCGGAAACUUGUCAAAAGCCAUGGACCGGACCAGCGACACCGCCCUCCACCGGGUACGAGGUAGCGGCGGUGAGAGGAUCAACACUCACGGUCGCACCCCACCAUCCGGGCCUCGAAACGCCGCCCAUGGACGUAUGCAACGGAACAACCGUUCCACGAACUUUCAGGCUGGUCUGGCUGCGGGUCCCCAAAACACCGGAUGGAUGAUGAACGGACAACAACCGAGCGAGAUGGAUAUCGUGGCCAUGAUUGAGCAGCAGCAUCAGAUGAUGUACCAGCUGUCACAGCAGCUGAUGGCCGGGGGAGGACAUAAUAGAGGGUUCGGAAACCAGCGACGGGGCAAGUCAUUGUUUGACAGAGUUCAACAGCCUCACCAGCGGAGGGGUAACCAACAGGCCAAAGCCGACGGAUCAAAGGAGAAUACCGAGGGUGAGGAAGAUGUUGACAUGUCUGGCGAGAAUCGCAACCCCCCGAACCCCGACGACACUCUUUGCAAAUACAACUUGCAUUGCACAAACAAGGAGUGCAAGUUUGCCCAUCAGUCGCCCGCUGCGCCUCCCGGCGUGACUGUGGACGUCAGCGAUGUAUGCAGCUUUGGGGCUGCCUGUAAGAAUUGGAAAUGCGUCGGUCGCCACCCCUCGCCAGCCACGAAGCUGGCGCACCAGGGCGAACAGGACUGCAAGUUCUUCCCCAAUUGCCAAAAUCCGCGGUGUCCAUUCAGGCAUCCAUCCAUGCCGCUGUGUCGCAACGGUGCCAACUGCACUACCGAGGGCUGCAAGUUUACUCACGUCAAGACGAAAUGCAAGUUCAACCCCUGCAUGAACCCUACCUGUGCUUUUGCGCACGAAGAAGGUCAGCAAGGCGGUUUCAAAGAUAAGGUCUGGACUGCUGAUUCAUCCAACGGGCACGUGAGCGAGAGGAAGUUUGUGGAAGAAGGUGGCCCGACAGAACUUGUAAAGCCCGACGAGACGACAACCGACCAAACAGCUCAGGGUGCCGAGUUUAUCGGAUAA